AUGCAGAUGAUGGUAUGUCUUGGGAGUAUCGACGCUAUUCCUAGGCUGGUCGAUUGGUCCGUUGGUGGAGUCGACGUCAGUGGAGGCACUUUGCAAACGUUCCAGCAACCUGCCAGAAAAGGAAUAGGUGAAGCCGAAGGAUGGGACCGGGGUGGCGAGAUAGACAAGUCGUCUACGAAACAAGAGGUAUUGACUUGUUUUUGUCUAUCAUGA